UUCGUCAACUCAAUGCCUAGCCUAGGCCUUGGCUAUGUCACAAAACUUAAAAAGUUGUGGGGAAAAAAAGUUAGGGAGAGACAACUGGAAAUAAAAUUGCUCACUUGUGACACUGCUAACUUUGCCAAGUUCCCCAUAAGCCUAAGAAAUUCUACCUGAGCAAGGGAAGGAAUUGGAGUCGUUGAUGCUGCUAUUCAUGAUAUAAAGUUCAGCCGUUUUACCUUGGUUAAAUGAAGGGAAUCACCUUCAUAAUCAUCUAGAUACAGUGAGGUACCAGUUUAGUACCAGCAGUCACCUUAUCAAGUCUACCAUGGCAGCUUUGACAAUCCUUCACUUCAACGAUGUGUACAACAUAGAAGGCCAAAAAGAUGAGCCCCAGGGAGGUGCAGCAAGAAUGAAAACCUACAUUGACUCUCAGAAGAAACUUGACCCUCUGGUCUUGUUCAGUGGUGAUGCCCUGAAUCCUUCCCUCAUGAGCAUCUUCUUGAAGGGAGAUCAAAUGAUCCCUGUGCUAAAUGGCCUCGGAGUAGAUGCUGCAGUUUAUGGCAACCAUGACUUUGACUUUGGAGUGGACCACUUGGAAGAAUUUGCUGACCAGUGCAAGUUUCCGUGGCUCCUCAGCAAUGUAAAAGACAUGGUGAACAACGAACCAUUGGCUCGAGGAGAAACCUAUCUCAUGAUUGAACAUGCUGGGAUCAAGAUUGGCAUUAUUGGCCUUGUUGAAGAAGAAUGGAUUGACACUCUCUCCACCCUCGACCCAGAGGAUAUGACAUUUAUUGACUUUGUCGAGGCUGGCAGAAACCUAGGAGGGAUCCUUCGGAGAAUGGGUGCACAGUUGGUCAUUGCUCUGACACACAUGCGUGUUCCGAACGACACGCGGCUCGCUGAAGAAGUUGGAGAGAUUGACAUCAUUCUAGGCGGUCACGACCACGAUUAUGAAAUCGUUAAGGUGAAGAAUAAAUACAUCAUCAAGAGUGGCACGGACUUCCGCAACAUGAGCAAGGUGACCUUGACCCAGAACAACAACAAGGGCUGGGAGGUGGAGGUGGAACAGGUGGACCUGGACUCCAGCAUUGCGGAAGAUCCAGACAUGAGGGCCAUCGUGCAGGAGAGGCUAGUGAGUGUGGAGGAAAAGAUGGAUGAAUAUCUUGGCUGGAUGAACGUGGAGAUGGACGGCAGGUUCUCAGCUAUCCGCACAGGGGAAACAAACCUUGGCAAUUUCAUCUCGGAUAUUAUCCUAACAGCCACCAAGUCUGACUGUGCUCUCCUCAACUCCGGAACCUUCCGGUCCGACCGGGUCCACCCCAAGGGAGAGUUCACCAUCAGAGAUCUGCUCACCAUUCUACCGUUGAUGGAUUCCCUGGUGGUCAUCAAAGUGUCAGGGUUACAGCUCCUGAAUGCUCUGGAGAAUGGGGUGAGUAAGUACCCCGUGAAAGAGGGGCGUUUCCCGCAGGUGGCAGGCAUCGCGUUUGGCUUCAACCCCACCCACCCGCCGGGCCAGAGAGUUGCUCACGAACUGGUGCAAGUUCAAGGUCACUAUAUCGACCCCGAGAAAGAAUACCGUUUGGCCACCAAAGAGUAUCUUGCACUGGGGAAAGACGGCUAUGGCGCCUUCAAAGAGUGUGAGAUACUGGAGAGUGCGGAGCAGUGUGCAGCACUCUCGACCAUGGUGCAGAACCAUUUUGAGUCCGUCCAGAUUUAUCUCGGAAAGAAGGCGUGCCGAUCUGGGCACAGGCAGAGUUUAGUACCCCUCACAAAGCGUGAGGAUGUCCUGAAACAGAUCAGCGUACCGGAGCCUGAGAGACGUGACUCGCUACGUCUGGUGCGCCAGGAGAGCAUCCACGGGCUGGAGCAGGAGCAGAACUUCCUGUCACCGCGGGUCGAAGGUCGCAUCUAUAUCCUCUCCGAGGAGAAACGCCACGUGAUGCACUCAUUCAUGCCUACUGGACUGGUGCGUAACUUGAGUGUCGUGAAUGAGGAGUCGUCGGCGUCGACAACCAAUCUAGGUCGCUGGAACUCGGAGACAGAGGAGAACUAGAGCGUAGAAAGUCAACCUUUGGUGCACACACAGUUGUUGUUGUUUGCCAGUCUUUACUGCUAACGAACGAAAAUGAAAAUCUAUAUUAUGCUCAUGACAUGAUUGCUUAAGUCAUCUUUAUCUGGUUUCAGAUAAGAUGUAUAAAAAAUACAAGCGGCUUGCAUUUUUGCUUUAAUUGUAAUCGAGUGAAGUAUUCUUUAUACUCGUUUGUUUUUUGGUAAGGACUGAAAUAGUGAUGCAUUUUGUAACCAUUAUUAAAAAUUUUGUCUCAAUGCGCUAUUGUCUUAUUGACAGUAAAGUUAUGCAUUAUAGUUCAUCUAGUGCUAUAAAAACUAGAUAUGUGCAAUUGACUUCCAAUGUGUUGAGCGAUUCCCAGGGUUAAAGUGCCUGAUUUGUAAGAAUAUGAAAUUAAGAAACAAGUUAAUUGUAGUAGUUUUGCUUUAAAAACUAAAUGCUGUUAUCAGUCAAAUUGUCCCCAUUUUAAAAAAGAAAUAAAACCAGUUAUCAUAGCCUGAAAGUUUUUCUGACUUGGGCGUAAAACAGUUUUCCCAAAAGAAGUUUUUCAUUGCUGGUAACAUGUGGGAUUUUUUUUUCCAUUAUUAGAAACAGCAGACAUUUGUCUUUUGGAAGAAUUGUCGGAAGUCAAUAUGAAGUAAGG